GUGGUUUGUAAACUUAAUAGACUUCUCUGUUAAAUCUUUAAAUUGCAUCUUGGUAUUUUGUGCUUUCAGCUAUAAUGUUAUGUAUGCUGUUUGUAUGUGGCGUUAUAAACCUUUUAUUUGUUAGACACUGACAGUACUUAGGAAAAAGAACUCUAUGUGCAGUACAGACUGUGCUCGCUUCACAGGAGAGAGAACAUGUGAUACUUGUAGCAAUGCCACCGUAAAUGACAGAUUUCUUCAGGCGCCACCCACAGAGUUACUAAUGAAUAUCAGCUUUCUCUUUAUAGACAAGYAUGACUACUCAACUCUUGAAUUUUCUGGUGUGUGAGCUGAGCAACAGCAUUACUUGUACAGAUUGCAGUACUUGAAUUUGAUUUUGUGUAGGAGAGGGGGGCUACUUCUCAUGUUUUCAUAAAUGAUGUGUACAACACCUGUGUUACACGAUGCAUCUAUAAAGUUGGUAUUAGCUGGGUACAUUUUCAAAAUAUGAUGGUCUGACCUUGGAGAAUCUAAAGCUUUGUCCCGUAAGGUUUCUAAAGAUGUUAUUACUGGUUGAACACCAUACCUGGUAAACACCCUCUGUUUCUAAAUCUUCUUUUAAAAUCUGUCAUGAUUUAAUGAGGUGGGUGGGUGUUGCUGUUCUUGUAGCUUUCCAUUAAAACAUCUUCAGAUAAUGUAAAAUGGAGGUUUUGGGUCUUUUUUUCUCACAGUGCAUCAAGAUACUCUGUCAUACUAAGAUAGAGGGUAGUUCUACUAUGUGGGAGGAGAUUUGUACAUUUUUGGUACCUUUUCUCCAGAUGCAGUUUGAUUAACCAAAAUUAAUUGUUCACUGUCAAGAUUAUCAUGGCACAGUAAGAAUACUUUUGGAAUAAAAGUAAUUAAAGUUUAAAGCCAAGAGUCUCCAAAUGUCAAAGUAUUAGAGGUCAUGACUUUAGGUGUAACUUUUGAUUCACAUGGUUUUGAUAUAUGGUAAGCUGAAAAAAAAUAAAUAUUUCUUAUCUAGGUUCGUAGUUUCCUUUUGGUAAUACUCAAGAAUUCAGAGGUGUAUCUGUGUUGCAUAAGUGCUCAUGUCGGUUCAUCUUCUGGGACCCRUCCCUGCCUUCUGGUUAAGGAAUCCAUGCACACACACAGGAUGACUCAACAGUGGGAUGGAUGUUCAGAUACCAUAAAGGUGCUGGUAACUUGACAGGAACCUCCACAUUCUUGGGAGAAACCUAUUGUACGUGAGACCUUUCAGGAGCCUGUGCAGUUUGAAUACRUCGGAUUGUUACAUCCAGAAACUUUCAUAAUGAAGAGGGCUGGGCAGAAGAUUGUGGCUGGAAUUGAAGCUCCUGGAACAUCACAGACAAGCAAAAAACARAAAACUAGUUUAUAUGGCACAGAGUUUGGGGAAUCUGACCUGUGCACCUCGAUGGACUGGGGCAGCCUUCCACACCAYGUGAUUCUGCGUGUUUUUCAGUUCCUGACUUUAGUGGAUCGAGCCAGGGCAUCUUCUGUUUGUCGAAGGUGGAAUGAAGUUUUUCACAUYCCAGAUCUCUGGAGGAGAUUUGAAUUUGAACUCAGCCAGCCAGCCACUUCUUACUUAAAGUCUACACAUCCAGAUCUCAUUCAGCAGAUUAUCAAGAGGCAUGCUGACCAUYUGCAGUACGUCAGCUUCAAGGUUGAUAGUAGUACUGAGUCAGCAGAAGCAGCCUGUGACAUCCUUUCUCAGUUGGUAAACUGCUCUAUCAAGACACUGGGUUUGAUCUCUACAGCAAAACCAAGUUUCAUGAAUGUCUCUAAGGCUCAUUUUGCCUCAGCACUGACAGUAGUUUUUGUAAACUCCAAAUCAUUAUCAUCAAUCAAGAUAGAUGACACACCACUUGAUGAUCCUUCCUUGAAGGUUCUUGUUGCUAACAACAGCGAUACUCUAAAACUGCUAAAAAUGAGCAGCUGUCCUCAUGUUUCACCUGCUGGCAUUCUUUGUGUGGCUGAUCAGUGUCAUGGACUUAAGGAGCUGGCUUUGAAUUACUACAUAUUAAGUGAUGAACUGCUGCUGGCUCUUUCUAGUGAAAAACAUGUUGAUCUCGAGCACCUUCGCAUCGACGUCGUGAGUGAAAAUCCCGGACAGGUUCAAUUUCACACCAUUAAAAAGCAAAGCUGGGAUGCUCUCGUUAAACACUCCCCCAAAGUCAACAUUGUGAUGUAUUUCUUCUUGUAUGAAGAUGAAUUUGAUGCUUUCUUCAGAGAGGAAACACCWGUUACACACCUGUACUUUGGUCGUGCAGUGAGCAAGGCAAUGUUGGGUCGCAUUGGCAUGAACUGCCCCAGGCUGAUCGAGCUGGUCGUGUGCGCCAAUGGACUUCAACCUUUGGAUGAUGAACUCAUGCAGAUUGCUGAGCGCUGUAAGAACUUAACGGCCAUGGGGCUGGGGGAAUGUGAAGUCACCUGCAGAGGUUUUAUUGAAUUUGUGAAGGUGUGUGGGGGCAGGCUUACUCAGCUUUCCAUUAUGGAGGAGGUGCUGAUUCCAGAUAGUGAUUACAGCUUAGAUCGGCUUCAUCUGGAAGUCUCCAAACACCUUGGAAGAAUGUGGUUUCCUGAUAUGAUGCCAACAUGGUAAAUUCUCUGUGUUUGUGGAUAAAAUAGUAGAAUCAAGGUGUUGCUUUCUAUGCAAAUAAAAAUUUAAAACUUAAAUGUGAAAGCUUUCUUCCAGAUUUGAGUUUUUCUUCCUUGAGAACCUUGAGAGCACAGACUAACAUCAAAACUCUACAAUAUUAAUUGUGUAUUGAAAUAGAAAAUAGAUUUAAGUGUACUUAACAGUUCUGAAAGUAUGUCUGUGAUUUACAGGUGCUUUGAACUUCAGUGAACUUGGGCUCYUCUGAGCUUCAUUUUAAAUGAUCGAUUUACUUUAAAGUGGUUUUGGUUUUUUUCUCCCCCAUGUGUUUAGUUUUUCUGAUCUAGUCAGAAGAAUAGGGAAAUAAUUUUCCUUUAGGAAAUCUAUCUGUGGAAAGCUGAAUAGAACCUCGAGUACAGUAUUAUUUGUCAUGAUGUUUUAUAGUUUUUUUUAAUUAUUCAUGUUUUAAUUGUAAAAGCUUGUAUAAUAAAAUGCACUAGCCCAGGUUAAUCAGCUACAAUCUAGCUUAAACUCAUGGCAGUAUAUUAGAAUGUUAAUAAGCUUAUGCUUACAAAAACUUUCCAGUUUUAUAUUGCACUUUAAGUAAUUUUGUCAGAUUACAGAAACUAGAGAAGGCAUUGUACAGUAUGUUGUUUUUGUCUUAUGCAUUAAGAGGAUGAUAAAGAGACAUUGUUAAAAUUACUACUUUUAAAUGUUUGGAUGUAGAUUGAUUUCUUGAGUGAUUAAUAAAGCACUUUGGAAAUGUCAGGACAAUAAGAAAUAGCUUUGGAUUUGSGCUCAAGUCUUUGUAACCAAAGACUGAUGUCUGAAUGUGGUUCCAUGCUUUGAUUACUAAGAAAUAAGGAUUUCAUAAAUGUGGCUAGUAAGAAGGAAARAUCAAAUGCAAUACAGUUGUCUUUGUUCCAUUUCUAUUUGGAAUCAAGGAUUUAGAGCACUUAAAUUUGUCAUUUAGAGGCCAAAAUGGACUUUAGUAAUCUUGCCUGUAUCUCACAGAGCUUUGUGUAAGCCCUGAUUUCUGGGGAAAGRCUUGCUGGAGGUAAUGCUGAAAUAUUUAAAUCAGGACUGUUUAAUAUUUGUUUGCUACUAAUUGUUUUUUUGAGAAAGAUUGUAUUAUAUUUAUUUUCRUAUAAGGGGAAAGGCAUGGUGAGUUGAUGUAAAUCAGAGUAUGUAUUUUUGUGUUAACAUUUUGCACACUGUAAACUCAAAUGCAUUGUAUAUAAAUUUUGCUGUAAUGAUUUUUAUGCCAUCUUUGUUCUAUCUUCCUACUGUUAAUGAGAAGUCUACAAGAAUUUGCUGGUGUGGUGUUUGUCACUGUCAUGGUUUAACCCUGACUGGCAGCUGAGCCCUUCACAGCCAGAGGGAGAGAAUCGGAGGGUAAAAGUGAGAAAACUCAUGGCUGGAGAUAAGGAGUUUAAUAGGUAAGGCAAGAGCCCACACAUGCAGCCAACCCCAGAAAAGAGAAUUCAUCCAUCAGUCAUUUCCAGGAAAGCAGGGUUGCAUCAUACAUAAACCUUCCCCUUCCUCCUGUUUCCCCCAGCUUUAUAUGCUGAGCCUGAUGUCACACCCUUGGGCCAGCUGGGCCCAGCUGUCCUGUCCCCAUCACCUCCCAGGCUGUGCACCCUCAGCCUCCUCGCUGGUGGGGCAGGACAAGAAGCACAGCAGGCCUGGACUGUGAGCACUUCUCAGCUGCAGCAGAAACAUCCCUGUGUUACCAGUUCUGGUUCCAGUACAAAUCCAAAACAGCUCCAUUCUAGCUCCUAUGAAGAAAAUUAMCUACCCCAGCCAAAACCAGUGCCUUCACAGCAGAGAGUAUGUGAGUUUCUUCCACACUUCC